AUGGUUUCUCUGGAAACAGUUCAACCAGCAGUGAAUAGAUCCACCGCCAUGGAUAAUCAAACGACAUCAAGCCCCAGAAUCUCAUUCUCCGCCGAGUUCCUCGACGAGAACAAUUUCAUCUCCAUCAGCCCCAACCACCACCACCGCCCCAACAACGAAUCGGAAAAUCAGAAGCCUCCCCUAUCGCCGUCUCCGAUUCGAACAGCCGCCUCCGCCGCCGCGGAUCUUCAAUUCGAGUUCCUAUCCAACAGCGGGCCGACGGCGGGGCACUCCAAGAUGCUGACCGCCGACGAGCUCUUCUUCGAAGGCAAGCUCCUCCCGUUCUGGCAAAUGCAGCAGUCGGAGCGGCUCAACAAAAUCAGCCUCAAAUGUCACGAGGACGCGGAAAAUCCGGCGGGGGCGGUGAGGGCGGGGAAGGAGGACGCGCCGCCGACCCCGACGGCGACGAGGGCGGUGAACUGGUUCGUGGACGACGAUCCGUCGCCGCGGCCGCCGAAAUGCACGGUCCUGUGGAAGGAGCUGCUGAGGCUGAAGAAGCAGAGGCCGGCGUCGUCGCUCUCGCCUUCCUCGUCUUCCUCCUCCACUUCCUCGUCUUCCAGCUCGCUCGCCGACGCCGCCGUCGCGGCGGCGGAGGAGAAGAAGGAAGGCAAUAACAAAAAAAUUAGCAGCAAAGAGGGGAGUAAUAAUAACAAUCAGGUGAAGAGGGCGGCGAAGAAAGGGCUGGAGAGGACGAGAUCGGCGAGCAUUCGGAUUCGGCCGAUGAUUAAUGUCCCGAUUUGCAGCCAGAUGAAGAGCACGGCUCACAGCAGCGCAUUGCCGCCAUUCUUCCCGAUUAAGAAGAACAGAGUAGUAGAGAGAUGA